ACAGUACUGCGCAGUGUGUAUAGUGACUCCGAACUCGCCCGCAACUUAUAUCCACGAUGUACGCGUCAUAAUAAUAACAACAACACACAGUGAGAGCGAGCAGCAGCAUACAACACAAGUGAUUCGUGAGAGCCAGUUCUGUGUGUGACUCAUUCGCAGGUUUAGGGCUUUGCGGACUUGGGCCUCUUGCUGCUGCUAACAUAUCGUUUUUGCGAUUAAAUGCAGUAUGUUUUAACGGGACACCGUUGAAUUCGCAAUCUUUUGGGUGAAAUUAAAAAAUCAAUCCAGCAAUCAUGAGUUAUCAAAUGCCGCAGAAUCAAUCCAGACCAAUCUCGCAUUCAAACUACCAGCAAGGUUCAUUGGACCUUCCAAUGAGCUCUAGUAAGGAACAAACUCUAAUGUGGCAACAAAACUCUUACAUGGGCGAUUCAGGCAUCCACUCGGGUGCUGCAACUCAAGCCCCAUCUCUUAGUGGCAAAGAAGAUGAUGAAAUUGAGGGUGAUCAACUUAUGUUUGACCUUGAUUCUGGUUUUACUCAAGGUUUUACUCAAGAUCAAGUUGAUGAAAUGAAUUCUCAACUAAGUCAUACUCGCUCUCAGCGAGUUCGGGCUGCAAUGUUUCCUGAAACUCUAGAAGAAGGCAUUGAAAUACCAUCGACUCAAUUUGAUACUGCUCAACCAACUGCUGUUCAAAGGCUUUCUGAACCCAGUCAAAUGUUGAAACAUGCUGUUGUUAAUUUAAUCAAUUAUCAAGAUGAUGCUGAUCUUGCUACUCGUGCUAUCCCAGAGCUCAUUAAAUUGCUUAAUGAUGAAGAUCAAGUUGUUGUUUCCCAAGCUGCUAUGAUGGUUCAUCAACUUUCUAAAAAAGAAGCUUCGCGACAUGCCAUAAUGAACAGUUCUCAGAUGGUUGCUGCUUUGGUACGAGCUAUUUCUAAUAGUGAAGAUUUAGAAUCUACAAAAGCAGCUGUUGGUACUCUGCACAAUUUGUCCCAUCACAAACAAGGCUUGUUGGCCAUUUUCAAGAGUGCUGGUAUACCAGCUUUAGUAAAAUUACUCAGUUCUAAUAUUGAAUCAGUGCUGUUCUAUGCUAUCACUACUUUGCACAAUCUUUUACUUCACCAAGAUGGCUCAAAAAUGGCUGUUCGUUUAGCUGGGGGCCUCCAGCGAAUGGUUUUAUUGCUACAACGUAACAAUGUUAAAUUUUUGGCAAUUGUCACAGAUUGUUUACAAAUUCUUGCUUAUGCAAAUCAAGAAAGUAAACUUAUUAUUCUUGCUAGUCAAGGACCAGUAGAACUUGUACGUAUCAUGAGAACUUAUGAUUAUGAGAAGCUAUUAUGGACGACUUCUAGAGUGCUUAAAGUACUCUCGGUUUGUCCAAGCAACAAGCCGGCCAUCGUCGAAGCUGGAGGUAUGCAAGCUCUUGCAAUGCAUUUAGGCAAUCCCAGUCAACGCCUUGUACAAAAUUGUUUAUGGACUUUGCGUAAUCUUUCCGAUGCCGGAACUAAAGUUGAUGGUCUCGAAAAUCUUCUUCAAGGUCUUGUUCAACUUCUCGCGUCUUCUGAUGUCAAUGUUGUUACUUGCGCGGCGGGCAUUUUAUCCAAUCUCACCUGCAAUAAUCAACGCAACAAAGUCACCGUGUGUCAAGUUGGAGGUGUAGAUGCUCUUGUUCGCACGAUUGUCAGUGCAGGCGAUCGUGAAGAAAUUACAGAACCAGCCGUAUGUGCUUUGCGUCAUUUAACUUCCCGUCAUAUCGAAGCUGAAAUGGCCCAAAAUUCAGUACGUCUGAAUUAUGGUAUUCAAGUGAUUGUCAAAUUACUGCAGCCACCAUCAAGAUGGCCAUUGGUUAAAGCAGUUAUUGGAUUGAUCAGAAAUUUAGCUCUUUGCCCAGCCAAUCAUGGUCCACUGAGGGAAGCUAUUCAUCAUCUGGUUCGAUUAUUACUUCGUGCAUUCCAGGAUACUCAAAGACAACGGUCCUCGGUAACCAGUGGAGGUAGUGGUAGUGGCCAUGGUAUUUAUGCAGAUGGAGUACGUAUGGACGAGAUCGUCGAGUGUACUGUUGGUGCACUUCACAUUCUUGCAAGAGAAUCGCACAACAGAACUAUGAUUAGAUCUCAAAAUGUUAUUCCGAUUUUCGUUCAGCUAUUAUUCCACGAGAUCGAAAAUGUCCAACGCGUCGCCGCUGGCGUGCUUUGUGAACUGGCGGCUGACAAGGAAGGAGCUGAAAUGAUCGAACAAGAGGGAGCAACUGCACCUUUGACAGAAUUAUUGCAUUCACGUAACGAGGGUGUAGCAACAUAUGCUGCUGCUGUACUAUUCCGUAUGAGCGACGAUAAACCACAAGAUUAUAAAAAACGCUUAUCCCUUGAACUAACUAAUUCUCUGUCGUGUCGCGAGGAUAACAACAUGUGGAAUAACGCCGAUUUUGGGAUGGGCCCUGAUUUACAGGACAUGCUGAACUGUGGUAACGAUCAAACCUACGAGGGCAUGUAUGGGCAUCAAGGACCACCAAGUAUACGUAGCAAUCACGGGCAAUUGUACAAUCCUCAGGGUUACGAUCAGAUUCCAGUAGAUUCAAUGCAAGGCCUAGAAAUAGGAGGUACGUCGACUUAUGCCACUAUGGAUGCAAUGGAUGUGACUACACCAGAGAAUGAUUUAAACUUUGAUCAUCUUGAUGAACUACCUCCCCCUCCUCAAGAUAAUACUGCUCCCGCGCCAUGGUAUGACACCGACCUUUAAAAGAUCAAGUUUUGAUUUAUUUUAGUUGUAUUCCCAUUUUUUGGAAAUGUUUUUCAAUGAUACGAAAAUUAUUGAUAUCUUUAAUUGAGAUACACAUUUUUAAUUCACAAGUGUUUUUAUAAUGGAGAUUUUUUGUUAAAUGUCAAUUUUACAAUUGUGUUUUUAGUAUAUGUAAAAAUAUCGUGCAUUCAGUUUGUUGUAAGAUUUGAUUUUUAAAUUGUGAAUUGUAAACCGACACAAUUUCAUGAUGAACGGAAAAAUUUUUUAAGCUAUUUUUAUAUUAUGUAUUUUUAACUUUUUUACAUAUUUAAUUGAAGUACCCUAAAAUUUUUUCUAGCUGAAAAAAAUUGUCUUGAACCGAGCUUCUUAAUAUUAUAAUACUAUAUUACUUAAUUAUGUAGAGAAUAGUGAUAAAAUAUAAUGAUAUAUCACACA